AUGGCAGCCCCUGUCACGGAUCCGACUAAGAUCAUCGGCCGCGAGCUUCACCUCGACCGCCUCAUCGGCAGCGGUGGCUUCGGUGAAGUGUAUUUGGCCGUUCGCACCAAACUGGCAACGAAUCCAAAGCACAAUUUUACGUUCCCUGCGGAAUGUGUUGUGAAGGUGAUGCGGCGUGGGCUCUGCACGGAGGAAGAUGUGGCCGCCAUGAAUCGUGAGGUGGCGACGCUAAGCUCCAUGGACCACCCGUACAUCGUUCCCUACAUCGGUGCUUGGGUGGAGGCAGCGCGGGGCAAAUUCUUUGGCUGCUACUGUCUGGCCAUGAGGUACUGCGAGGGCGGAGACCUGCACGGGUUUAUUGCCCACUUUAUCAAGAAUCACCGCCUACCCCCUGUUGACGUUGCUGUACGCAUCAUGGCGCAAGUGUUCUCCGCCCUCAACUACAGCCACUCACGCCGACUCAUCCACCGCGACAUCAAGCCGGGUAAUGUGUUUCUGACUCUUCAGAAGAGUGGGAUGCCGGACAAGGCGAUGGUGGGAGACUACGGCCUUGUGCGCUCCCUCGAUGCGACGCGGCAGCUUGUUAAGACGCGUGUGGGGACGCCGACGUACAUCUCACCUGAGAUUGCUGCUGGCGAGGCGUACAGCACCAAGACGGACAUCUUUUCGGCAGGCACGAUGUUCUACGAGCUACUAUCGCUACAUCGUCCCUUCUGGAAGCGGAUGAUGACGGACCAGCAACUCUUCCGUGAAGUGCUGCACCGAGAUCCCAUGCCGCAGUUUCGCGCGUACACGAGUGCCGUCUACGGCACUGCGCUGGCCGACGUGAUCGAGGCGUGCCUUACGAAGCAUGAGGACAGCAGGGCGACUGCCUACGACGUACUUGUCCGUCUUACCUCACCUAUCACUGCGUACGUCCUCAAAUAUGCGAUUCCUGUGUACCCAGAGAAGGACGCAUUGACUGCAGCUUCUUCGCCGCACCCGCCUGCCGCGUCUUGCGCACCGGACUCUCUCGCAUCUCUUACCAAGGCAGAUGGCGCAGCUGUCACGGUGCGUCAACGCCUAGAGCGUCUGUUCCUCAUCCACAAGGGGACCACUGUGUGUGCCAGGCUCACGCGUCUGCUCUCGCACAAUCCUGAGCUCCUCUUCCAAGUACGCGUCCUAGUCGCCUGCCGCAGUGACAACACCGACCAUCUGGAGAAUGGCUUGGCGGAGCUUCUCUGGGCGUUUCCAGACACUGAGGUACCCUUUCAGGAGGUAGUCGAUCUGGUCAUGUGUGACUACCGCAAACUUGCGGAGUAA